CUUUCAGGGCGGGGCGAGUGGGGGGGAGCGCCCAGCAGAGAGGGCCAUAACGAACCGAGGUGAGAGGUAAAGCGCGGAGCCGUUUGGGAAUGCUGCUCUCCUGAAGAGAGGACGGACGUUGGAUUUAGUUAAGUUCCUUAUGUCCUCCCCUGAAAUUGCUUCCCUAUCAUGGGGGCAAAUGAAAGUACAAGGCUCUACUAAAACCUAUAAGGACUGCAAAGUGUGGCCAGGGGGAAGUCGGGCUUGGGAUUGGAGAGAAACAGGAACUGAGCAUUCUCCUGGUGUGCAGCCUGCAGAUGUGGAGGAAGUUGUCAAGAAGGGUGUACAGACCCUUGUGAUUGGCCGAGGGAUGAGUGAGGCCUUGAAGGUGCCUCCAUCCACUGUGGAGUACCUCGAGAAACAAGGCAUUGAUGUGCGCGUCCUCCAGACAGAGCAGGCAGUGAAGGAGUAUAACGCCUUGGCUGCCCAAGGCAUCAGAGUGGGAGGGGUCUUCCACUCCACAUGCUGAUGGAGCCUUAAGGAGAAUAAAUCACUAAGCAACAAUGCCUGUGAUCAUCACUCUUAGCAUCUCCACACUGGCCUCCCCUUUUCAACAGCUGUUCACGCCAGAUCCUGUGCUAGGCUUUGGGAUGCAUGAUAACUAAGGCCAGGUCCCUGAGGGGAACUGAAAAUCAGGGGAGAAGACAGAUGUAUAUAAUACACUAAAUGUUAGGCCAGAAAUAUGAGGAAAUAGAGGCAAAAAUAAAGCCUUCUGCUUUGAAAGCCAAGGAAAAGUUUCAGAGCAUUAAAAUUAUAUUGCAAUUGAAGCUUUGGAAUGUUUACCCAUUAAUUCAACCAAGUUUUAUUGAGUACCUUAUAUGUCAGACACUGCCAUAGACUCCAGAGAAACAGCAACAAAAGUCUUAUCCUCACAAAGCUUAUAUUCUUUUUUUUUCCUAAAAUUUUAUUUAUUUGACAGAGAGACACAGUGAGAGCAGGAACACAAGCAGGGGGAGUGGGAGAGGGAGAAGCUGGCUCCUGGCUGAGCAGGGAGCC